UCCCAGAGUCAACAGCGAGCAAGCAGAGGGAGAGGGGAAGAAGAAGCUGGAGAGGGGAAGAAUACGGCGCCCCCUCUCUCCCUCCCCUCCCCCCUACUUUAGCCCUUCUGCGCACUUAGCCUCCAAGUCUCGGCGCAGCCUGGAGCCGCCGUUGCCUCCGCGCCCCUGCUCGCUGCCCCAGUAGUGUAGCGCAGCGAGCGCCGCCGUCCGGAUUCCCCCCCCGCCCCCCGGUGGGGCCGGGGCCGGGGCCAGCAUGGAGCACCUGGGUCCGCACCACCUCCACCCCGGCCACGCGGAGCCCAUCAGCUUCGGCAUCGACCAGAUCCUCAACAGCCCGGACCAGGGCGGCUGCAUGGGGCCCGCCUCGCGCCUCCAAGACGGAGAAUAUGGCCUUGGCUGUUUGGUCGGAGGCGCCUACACUUACGGCGGUGGGGGCUCCGCGGCCGGAGCGGGGGCCGGGAGCGCGGGAGCCUAUGGCGCUGGCGGCCCGGGCGGCCCCGGUGGCCCGGCAGGCGGUGGCGGUGCCUGCAGCAUGGGCCCUCUGGCCGGCUCCUACAACGUGAACAUGGCCUUGGCGGGCGGCCCUGGUCCCGGCGGCGGCGGCGGAGGGGGCGGCGGCGGCAGCGGAGCUCUAAGCGCUGCGGGGGUGAUUCGGGUGCCCGCGCACAGGCCGCUAACCGGAGCCGUGGCGCACCCCCAGCCCCUAGCCACUGGCUUGCCCACUGUGCCCUCUGUGCCUGCCGUGCCGGGCGUCAAUAACCUCACCGGCCUCACCUUCCCCUGGAUGGAGAGUAACCGCAGAUACACAAAGGACAGGUUCACAGGUCACCCCUAUCAGAAUCGGACGCCCCCCAAGAAGAAGAAGCCGCGCACGUCCUUCACGCGCCUGCAGAUCUGCGAGCUGGAGAAGCGCUUUCACCGCCAGAAGUACUUGGCCUCGGCCGAGCGCGCAGCCCUGGCCAAGGCGCUCAAAAUGACCGACGCGCAGGUCAAAACCUGGUUCCAGAAUCGGCGAACCAAGUGGAGGCGACAGACCGCAGAGGAGCGUGAGGCGGAGAGACAGCAGGCGAACCGCAUCCUCCUGCAGCUGCAGCAGGAGGCCUUUCAGAAGAGCCUGGCGCAGCCGCUGCCGGCAGACCCACUGUGUGUGCACAAUUCAUCGCUCUUCGCCCUGCAGAACCUGCAGCCGUGGUCUGACGACUCCACUAAAAUCACUAGCGUCACGUCAGUGGCGUCCGCCUGCGAGUGA